CUGAGCAAGCUCUGGAGGCCCUACACUUUUCACAAGGAAACAAUGUUGUCAUAUUUCCCUCAAGCUUCAGGCUCUCCUGCGCAGAGCGCAAACAACACAUUCGCAGCCUAGGGAUAAAAAGUGUGUGUUGGAGGGGUGUUGUGCCGCGGCUGCUGGUCGCACUUGAGUAUGCCCAGUAGCAUUGACCAUGGAGAUCGGACAGCGGCCCUGGCGCUUUUAGCCACGCCAGCCUUCCUUGCCUGCUAGGGGUAAUUGCGGGAGAGGGAGGCCUUUGGAGUUCUAACUACUCCGAGAAGGCUCCUUCCCACAUGAGCAGCACCAUGGGCUGCCAAGCUCUCAGGCCUGCCCCGCCAUCUCGAUCCGGGACGGAGGGGAUGUGAGUAGCGGUGGGGGGGGAAUAGACAGCCCCCAGCCAACAAAGCCCCCUCUCUAUGCCGCAGCGCAGGGCAGCUCCACCUCUUAGUUGGGCGAACUUCUGCAGCCUCUCCCGUGUGGCUUGUCGCAUCAAAACCUCCGCCUCUCCUAUGACUGGCAUCAUGCCCGCCGUCGCCGCUGUCGUCGUCCUCUCGGUUGCUUCCGGACUGCGGCAGCCGACACCGCCUCCUCUUACUAGGCUGGGCUGGCCUUGCCUAAGAAGUCGGUUGCCUCGGUAACCAGGAGGCGCGCUAGGCCGGCUCCUGUUGAGGCUUCCCAACUUUCCGCUUAUCGCGAAGUGCGGACGCGGGAUCUUUGGGGUGCGUCUGGGAAGGAGCCGGCGACUGAAGGGAUCUCUCAUGGAUAAACCUUAAAAGAGAUAAACAACCAUGGAGGAGGAAUUUACAGAAUACCUUGUUUCUGCUUCUGAAAAGCUGUUACUUGAAUAUGGACAAACUGCUGAUCAAAAUGAUGUAAAGAAGCUGCGAGAUCUUGUUAUGGUUAGACUACAUGCUCAGUAUUUAUGCAAUCUACAAGGCAUACAGUAUUGUGUUUCGCUUAAAAUAUGUGAUUUGUCUGGUAAUUUCCUUACAAAUGCUGAUGCACUUGAAUGUUGCACUAGUUUAAUUAAACUGGAUCUCCAUAACAAUCAGCUAGAAGAGCUUCCAGGCCCGGUAUUUUGGGGAAACAUGGCAGAGCUACAACUACUGUAUCUUCAUGACAAUGGCAUUUCAACACUGGAAAAUGUGUAUUCAUUAUCUUUCUGCCCUAAGCUGACUGCGCUCACCUUGUUCAACACUCCACUGUGCCUGAAAAUAGCCUAUAGGCAUAUUGUUGUUAACAGCAUUUUUUCACUCAAGGCCCUGGACUACUAUGUCAUUUCCGAUGAGGAAAUAAUAGAGGACUGGAGGCUUCCUGAAAAAUAUAAACCAUUUACACCUAGCCUUUAUGUUGAUUUUUGCCCUCUUUCUGAAAAGGAAACUACAUUUCAGGAAGAAAUGAAAAUGGUAAGAGAGAUAAUUUCCAAGAUAAAUUAUGUUCUAUCUUGUCAUUCACCAGUCCUGAUUAUUCAGAAAUGGAUAAGAGGAUAUUUAAUUAGAAGAAUAUUGUGCCUGAUUUCUGUACAGGAAGUUUUGCGACACAAACGUUACAUCAGAGAAGGAAUAAAACGCACACCCAUUCGACUAUCGCCUUCAGUAUAUGAUAGUAAAAGCUUUCUGUUUCACACCACUAUGCCAGAACAGCACACUGUGGUCAAAGCACAUACAUCUGGGAUCCAAAUUAUAGAAGCAAAAGAUCUUAAGGAGCUUCAUUUAUAUUUGAGAAGAUUAAAACAUCCUGUUUUCUCGGCCUUACUCAGAUUGGAAGAAGAAAAAAAGAUGAAAGAAAAAAAAUCAAAAAGGUCACAAAGGAAGGAUAUCUUGGACUGGAAAAAAACUGAAAUGAAAGCUGAUGAGAUGGCAACUAAAUUCAGGCUUUCAGUACGUAAAAUACCUUUUUAUUCAUUGACUGAUGAGCUGCAAUUGUAUCAAGAGAGAGACAAAGAAUUUUUUGAUGCUGCCCAUGACUUGCGUUAUUUCAUGCAUCCUAUCCCACAAACUAUGCCUGUACAUGAGCCAGGGAGCAUAAAUAAAAGAGCCUUUGCUAAAGCAUUUGGAACUGUAAGACUUCGCCCCUUGUGUGCCAUCGAUAAAGCGUACUUGGAAAGUCAGAAAUGGGAUGUCCAACUUAGAAAGGAGCGGGAAGUUAUGCGGAUGCAGAUUGCAAGAUGUGAAGUGAGAGAGUACAUGCAUCGUAUCCAGGAAGAAAAAACUGAGAAAGUUCAGAGGAAAUAUGAAGACCAAAAGUUCAUGAUUAAUGAUUCUUUGACAGAGUACAAGCAUAAAAGAUCAAAGUCAAUUAACAAAAUGAGCCAAAAAUAUGUUAGUUUUUUAAACACCAAGGAGAGAAAAGCAAUAGAAAACACAUUUGUUCAGCGCUUCAGCGCUCAGCAUGUUUCUUUGACAAAAGGCUUAUUAAGACUUGAUGGGUGGAGGAAUCAUGAAGAAGCCAUAAAGGAAAGAAAGCAUAUCAUUAAAGGAAUCGUAGAAGAACAAAAACAGCGAAAAGAGGUGUAUAAAAAUUUUCAUGAGGAAAGUGAACCUUAUCUGGACAUGAAAAAUGAGCAUGUGAAUGUGGAAUCUGCCCACAGUAGAAAUGGAUAGAAAAUUAAUAUCAUACAUUGUAAUAACGAGUGAAGAGAACUGUUUAUGUGAAGUAUCGGGGAAGAAGAUUCCAGCUGUGAGAGACUGGCCUGAUAAAAAUACUGGACUGUGCAAAAAUGGCAACAAUUAUCAGCUGUUUGUGUCAUGAAGAAAUAACAAAAAUUAUAUAUAUUUAUAAAUAAUUUGAUACAUGUUGUUAAUUUUUCUAACAAUGACCAGCUUUAUCAAAAUGUACACAUUUUCAAUUUUUUUGUUUUACUGUACAGAGUAAUCUUUUAAAAAAGGAAAAUGUCUGAAAUAGUGGGACAAAAAAGGUAUUAGUUAUGCAGUCAUGAACUAUUAAGGAGUGCUCAUAGUGUUGAAGGAAUGGACUGUUACUUGUAUACAUGGGUGGUCUGGUUAAAUUUGUAUGAUGAGGACUGAUAUGAUAAACCUGUCCUACUUUCUUGUGGAUACUUUACAAACAAAAUUGGACUACUGCUACUACCAUGCCAGUACUUUCAGUAGGGGAUCUCAGCUUUUUUCAUUGGAUUUUAUUAUUGCCCAUUAGAUCUUUGGGAUUGUCAAUACUACAGGUUGGGUUCAUGUUCAUUCCAGCCAGCCAUUCUAGCCAAAAGAAAUUGAGUAUGGCUUCCUGUGACAAUGUACUGAAAACCUUAUAUCUUGUCAAUAAACUAAUUCUUGACAUGUCUCCUCUCACUUCUGACUUUUGGAUAAGGUUGAUGAACAUGUCCACUUGCAUUCCUGGCAUAUAUUGACAAUAAUGAAUAGCCUUUAAUAAAGUUGUGGUCUGUUUAACCCAUUUUCCUUCUAGCUGGCUAUAAAAUAUUAAGACUCCUAGGUCCACAUCAUAGCUUCUAAUCUGGGUAUAGCAUUGAAAUUGAAUUUGUGUCUCUAAUAAGUAGUAUUAAUGACAAAAAGAAGAAAUUUGAUUGUAUUGGAUCUUUUGCCUUGUUAAGAAAAAACAGAACAAUUUGAGGUAAAGAGAGUGCCACUGUGGAAAUUACAUUUCCCAAAUGUUUUCAUUUAACUGCUGGAAGUGGUACUACCAGUGGAAUAUUGAUUUUUAUGUAUCCUAAUAAAU